AUGGCUUCCGAACGUCGCAGCGGACAGGUCAAAGGCUUGCUUGAGCAUUGCCUUGAGGCUUCCAAAAGACGUGACUACGCCACUGCCCUGACCUUUGUGGAACUCGCGCUGAAAGCCCGCGAGACUGACCGAAGUAUAUCUCUCAUCAAUAUCUUGGACCACAGAGUCGCGGUCUAUCUUCGAAUGGACCGUCUGGAUCAGGCUUUGAAAGACGCCAAAGCCAUGAUCCGACUUGAUCCCGAGGACGCACGAGGCUACAUUCGAAGUGGGAUCACCGAACGACGCAAAAACAACAAGCUCGGUGCAAUACGAUUUUUUAAGCACGGUUUGAAGAAAGUCCCCAGCUCAGACGCAAAUCACGCAUUGCUCGCCAAGGAGAUGGAGGAAACAGCCGAGCAGAUGAGGAUCGAAAUCGUACACUCGCAAGCAAGAGACCCAUUUAACGUCCUGCCGUUCGAGAUAAUCGAGAUGAUUCUUUCACUUCUCAGCUACCGCUCGAACAUACAUUUGCUCCGCGUCUCCAGGUCAUGGAACAACAUUGUGAGCAGUUCGCGCCCGUUGGUCGAUACCUUGGCUUUUCCUGCACCCACCCGAUCAAUCACUACGAGAAUGCUUAAUGUUGCCCUCAAAAGGUGUCGAAGACUCAAGACAGCCAUGAUGCCUCCACUUUUACCCGAUGUAGCGGGAUACUUUUGCCAGGUACUGGCGCAAAGGGGACGCUUCCCAGCGCUGCAGUAUUUCCACUGGAAGGGCGUCCCCAACUACGCAGACUGGCUGCCCGUGUGUCAAUACGACCUGAGGGUCAUCUUUAUUGAUAGCGAAAUAACACCAAUCAGCGUCGAGAGUAUCGUCACUGUUCUACGCAAAUGCCGGUCUCUACAAAUGGCCACCUUCCGAUACGUGUCAGGACGACAUGAUGGGCCCGUGUCUCUGCAUAGUGACAGUCUCACAGCAUUGAAAUUCCAUUGCAUGGGAUCCAGAUUGGAUAGCGGCCUGAAAACGGCCGCCAUCUCUUUUGAGUGCCCUCGGCUGCGGGUGUUGUCUUUGUUGCACGUCCCCACUGGUGUUCUUGACCUGAGCCAUAUGACGGAACUACGCGAUCUCAAGGUUUUCGGGACUCGCAUACACAGGAUCAGCCUACCUACCUCGCUUCGACAGCUGCUGCUCGCCGAAUGCUGCUUCCACGGCCAACUCUUCGACCCUGGUGAGCUUACCCCUCGAUUCAACGAGCUUGUGGAACUCCAAAUACUUGACUGUGGCGGGCCCAUCAAAUUCCUCUUCGACUGUAUCCAAAAGACGAUAUCAGGAAAACUGUCGAAAUUCGUGAUCACCGUCAACGAAGAGGUCGCUCCGGACCUGAUCACCAUAAUGAGCAUGCCAUGGUUUCAAACGGUGAAAUCCCUUCAACUUUGCGAUACCGACUUCAUCAGUCCCCACGGCUUCCAACAUAUUAAGAAAUGUCUAGCUCUAGAGGAACUUUAUAUCGAACGAGCUGGAAGCCUUGGGACGUUUGUGUCAGAUCUGAUCAGAGAGGCCGUCCACCUUCGCAGAGUCACUCUCGAAGAGUGUCCUAACGUUGCCAGGGACAUCAUUCCUUGGGCCAAAGAACGGGGCGUGGAGGUCAAGAUCUCCCAGGCACGCACGCCUACAGCCAGUGGCCGCCGUAUAGUCGAGAUUCACUAA